UCAAAUUAAGAGCAUAUAUUUCUGAUUGAUGCUCUCAGAAAUCAGUAUCCUGAUAUAUAGAAGCUCUAAUCGCCUAUAUCGAAUCCUGGCGCAAUUCAGCCGGCUUUGAAUGAUAAAAAAUGCAAAAACGCACUAUAUUCUUUAACCGAAGAAUGAAAUUGAUUAUCUAUUCUCACACAUAUCCGUUUUUGAAUUCAGACAAAGAAAAAGAAGUAAAAGAAUAUCAUAAAUUCUGAAUGAGAACAUCCGACACGCAACGCUAGAACACACAAUCCACUAAAGAAGGUCCAGUGCCGCAUCACUAUGGAUACGACUGCGUCUGCGUGUGUAACUUAAACGCGCGAAUCCCGUUGAGCAUGCUUUGUCCUCUUAUUUCCCUCUCUCUCGAACAGCAUAAUGACGAAAGCAUGAGAGAGAUAGAGGAAGGCAGAUUGUACCUGCGCGCCGGUCCAUGGCAACGUUGAGACAUCAGGAGCGUGCCAAAGCAGCUGAUGUUGGCACGAGAAAGCAGUAAUAUAACAGGUGGCUCCGCGGCGCGGCAGGUGGAUAAAUUUCUUCCUCUUUUUCGUUCGGUCCAACAACGACCAAUGUCCAUUGUUUUCUGACGUGUGCUACCUGCACGCACGAGCUUGAACGUGAACGCACAUAUACAUGUAUAGAAGGAAAGGGAUGAUACAGAUACACACGCAUACAUACAUAAGCGUCAGGUAGCACAGAGCAGCAGUAUCCCCACUAGCAGCAACAGUGUCAUUAGCAAGCACCAGUUUCAGCAAGACAUCAGCACGGUCGAACGAGCACAUCGUUGGUCCAUUGGCGGCGCAGGUUGUUCGACAUCGAAAAAUGACACGUUCGGGUGCGAAGUACCAAGGCUUCUUGUUGCGGUAAAAAUUCAUCACUGUGCAGUGCGAUAGGACGCGAUCCACUGUACUCGUGUCGCGUUUUAUCGUGCUUUCUUAGCUGGCUUUGUCUACUCCGCGAGGUUAUAAUAAUAUUCUCUAAGGUGGUUUUUACGCGCGCAUGAAGGGCCGCGGAUGCGGGAGAAUAAAGAGUGAGACAAUGCCGCCGUCGUCGCAUACGAACUGGACGAAACCGUUGCUGAAGGGCGGCCAAAUGAUGCAGAUGCAGGUAAAACGAGUUACUGGAAACGGACAGAAUCAAAAUUCGAACGGGAACAGCAACGAUAGCAGUGGCAUCCCGCACGAUCGGAGAAUCAAGGUGGUCCUGGUGGGCGACGGUGCUGUCGGGAAGACUAGCUUAGUCGUCUCCUACUCGACGAAUGGAUUUCCUGGCGAAUACGUACCCACCGCUUUUGAUAAUUACAAAGUUGUGGUUAAUGUUGAUGGACAACCUGUAAAUGUUCAACUUUGUGACACUGCCGGACAAGAUGACUUUGAUCCCUUGAGAUCACUCUGCUAUCCAGAAACAGAUGUAUUUUUAGUAUGCUUUAGUGUUGUAUGUCCAUCUUCUUACCAUAGUGUCGCAUCAUGGUGGAUCAACGAAGUUCGAAAAUACUGCCCAAAUGCUCCAAUAAUUUUAGUAGGAACAAAAAGUGACCUAAGAUCGGAUGUUCGUCUGAUGCUACAAUUAGCAAGAUAUGGUCAAGCACCAAUCACAACAGCUCAAGGUCAUCAGUUAGCUCAAAGAUUAGGUGCAGUAAGUUAUGUGGAAACAUCUGCGUUAACUCACCAUGACUUAAAGGAGGCUUUUGAUCAAGCGAUCGUUAGUGCUCUCAAUGCAAGACGCGGAGGUAUCGGCUUAAUAUGCAGACGCCGAAAACCUCCAUCGUUAUGGCGUAGAUGGUUAUGUUGUUUAGAAAGACCACAGUCAAACGAUGCGUAGAUUUUAUUCUUAAGACUCUCUAGAAUGACUCUGUGAUCAUAAGCAUAAGCUGCCUUGCUGUAGGAACUAUCAUGCAUGGAUUUAAUGGUAUUGUUACAAACUUCUUACAGUUUGUAAUUUGACUGUUAAGACCAUAAUUGAUUGUCCUGGAAUAAUUCCUCAAGCCCGUAGCGGCGUAAUUUAUUAUAAUAUUAAUUCUAUUUUUGUUGCUAGAAUAUAAUUGGCAGCUCGCUGGUUGUGAUUUUAUAUCUGUAAUUCUUGGACAUUAUUUUAAUUACUUAUAAGAUUCGUUGCACUCAAACUGUUAUGAUCAUUGAAUUGUUUAUAUCGUAUCACAUAAGAUAAAAAUUGAAGAUUAGCAUUACUCUCAUUUUAUUUAUAAUUAUUUGAAAGACUUUUAAUAUAAUGUUAUUGCGAAAGAAUUGUCAUUUUCAUUAUAUUGAAGUAACUUUAAAGCAUCACAAAAAAGAAAUCAAAAAAUAUUAUAUUUAAAACUUAAAUAUUAUUAGACAAAUAUCAGUCUAUGCAUAAAAAAUCACAUUUUUUUAGUACACAUACUAUAUACAUCAAUUAUUCAUAAUGAAAAUUUUUUGCAUGAAUCAUAUUUAUAUUGAAUCAUAUAUAAGAGUCAACCAUGAUGAUCAUUAUUGGUUAGAAUGUCAUAAGAAACAUACUAUUAAUGAUAUUCGAAGUUAUUAUUUUCAAUAAUAACGAUGUGAAAACCUUAGGAAUUGCUGUAAUUCUGGAAAUUACAAUUUUGCUAAGACAUAUAGUAAAUUCAGCAAACAGACUAAACCAAAAGUGUGAUCGAUAUAUUUUGUAUCCAGUUCAACUAUAGCAUGUAUUAUUCGUGUUAUAGGCAAUGUAUGUUAAUAUUUAGUAGACAGGUAUCGAUAACAGAAAAUCCUAUAAAAUAAAUUAUAGUAUUACGAAUUUUUACACGAUAUAGUUACGCUUGUGUUAAAUCCUCAUAGAUAGAGGAAAAGGUAGACAAAUUUUUGGCCAAUUCUUGUAAGAGUGCCUCAAAAUACCUUACUUGCACAUAGGAAUUAAUGUUUCACACAAUUUUAUAAACUCUUUUUACAUAAAUUUUAAAACGAUUUAUGUAAGACUAAAAACCAUUUCUUAUUUGUUUUAUAACUAUUCGUCACAUGCAUGCAACAUUAGGCUCACAUUCUGUCUGUGAUUAUACAUCAAAAAAAUCUGCAGACCUAUAUCUACGCAAUAUGUACAAAAUAUUGGUCAUAUUUGCAAUAUAGCUGAGAGACUAUGUAAUAAUAGCUUUUAAAUGAUAUUGAUCAUAUACUGUAUGAAGACUAACAGAAUGCUUUAAGAAGUCUUGUUUGUUUACUGAAGUUAUCAUCAGUAUUUCUAUAAUACUCGAUGAACUUAACAAUUAUGCAAUAAAUCAACUGAUUUAGUAUUUGUGCUCAUGGGUCCUAUUAUUCUUUGCUCAUUUGAUAUAGAAAAUUAGUAUUCUGAACUACUAAACCAUAUGCAUGUAUUAAACGUUCUUGAUUGUACUUUAUAUUACUAUAAAAAAAGAGUUACACAUAUAGUUACAAAAUUAUAAUAGAUAUAUACAUAUGUGUAAUUGGUGUUUAUUAACAAUAAUUGUUUUUUUAUUUGCAUUAAUAUUUGCAAAGAAUUAAAAUAGGAGCAGUAAGAGAAAUUUGGUAUGUAUGCGGUAGCAACAUUGUUUUUAAGCAUCACAAUAUACAUCACAUUCAUAGUAAUAACAAACACAAUGUAUGAAUAUGAUAAAUGCAUAGCAUAUAUUUGGACAUGAUGAGACAUGAUGAUCUUUUAUUACUGUUUAAUAGUUGAAUUUUUCAUGAACAGUUUAUGGAUGUGAGACAAUUUUCAGCUAUGUUAAUAUUAAAUUAUUAACUAGUUCGUUACCAAUGAAGGUUUUUUAAUUACUUAUUUGGAAGCUUAUUAUUGAUCAGAAUACUUUUAUUAUUUAAAAAUUUUUUGAACAAUUAGAGACUUGUUUGAUAAAUGUUUAUAUUUCAGAUGUAAUUUUUGUAUAUUUUCAUAUUUAUAAAUGAUAUAUCCUGAUUACAAUGAUUGAUGCAUAUACUUUUUAAACAUUUUUACAAGUAGAAGUUCAAACUUUUACAAGAAAUAUAAGUAUACAAUUUUCGUAUGUUAAUUGUAUAAUAUUCAUAUUUGAUAUAGACAUAAUUACAAUAUGUUGGUGUACAAUUUUUAUAGUAUUGCUCAUUUAUUACAAAUUUUCACUGUAAAUAGUACCAUACUUAAUUGUUAUAAUUAAUGCAGGUCAUAUGUGUAUCAUAUUUAACAAAUAGUGCAAGUGUAACAAAGAAUAUUAGACUGAAGAGCCUACAUAUAUUAUAAUUAAUAAUAUUAAGUGCUUAUAUCCUGUAAUAAAGUAAAUAAUAUUUUUGUACA